GCGGGACCAGGGUGGACCAUCGGCUCUUAAAGGGCCCCCGACGCGAGUCGCGGGAGGCGGAGCCGCUGGAGGCAGCGAGGGGCGCGUGGUUCCGAGCAGGACACACCACUGCCUCCCUCAAAGGCCAGACUCCAAUUCAAAGGAGGCCCUGGGCGGGCAGCCUCAGCCACCUCUGAAACUGUCCUGGGCCAGGCAAGAUGGCAGAGAAGGUGCUCGUAACAGGCGGGGCAGGCUACAUCGGCAGCCACACGGUGCUAGAGCUGCUGGAGGCGGGCUAUUUGCCUGUGGUCAUCGACAACUUCCACAAUGCCAUUCGUGGAGGGGGCUCCAUGCCUGAGAGCCUGCGGCGGGUUCAGGAGCUGACGGGCUGCUCUGUGGAGUUUGAGGAGAUGGACAUCUUGGACCAGGCAGCCCUACAGUGUCUCUUUAAGAAGCACAGCUUUAUGGCGGUCAUCCACUUUGCUGGGCUUAAGGCUGUGGGCGAAUCAGUGCAGAAGCCUCUGGAUUAUUACAGAGUUAACCUGACAGGAACCAUCCAGCUUCUGGAGAUCAUGAAGGCCCACGGGGUGAAGAAUUUGGUGUUCAGCAGCUCAGCCACCGUGUAUGGGAACCCCCAGUACCUGCCCCUGGACGAGGCCCACCCCACAGGUGGCUGUACCAACCCCUAUGGCAAGUCCAAGUUCUUCAUCGAAGAAAUGAUCCGGGACCUGUGCCAGGCAGAUAAGGCCUGGAACGCAGUGCUGCUGCGGUAUUUCAACCCCAUCGGCGCCCAUGCCUCGGGCUGCAUUGGCGAGGACCCCCAGGGCAUCCCCAAUAACCUCAUGCCCUAUGUCUCCCAGGUGGCGAUUGGGCGACGGGAGGCACUGAAUGUCUUUGGCAAUGACUAUGACACGGAGGAUGGCACAGGCGUCCGGGAUUAUAUCCAUGUUGUGGACCUGGCCAAGGGCCACAUCGCGGCCUUGAGGAAGCUGAAGGAGCAGUGUGGCUGCCGGAUCUACAACCUGGGCACGGGCACGGGCUAUUCGGUGCUACAGAUGGUCCGCGCCAUGGAGAAGGCCUCAGGGAAGAAGAUCCCGUACAAGGUGGUGGCACGGCGGGAAGGUGACGUGGCUGCCUGUUACGCCAACCCCAGCCUGGCCCUCAAGGAGCUGGGCUGGACAGCAGCCUUAGGGCUGGACAGGAUGUGUGAAGAUCUGUGGCGCUGGCAGAAGCAGAAUCCUUCCGGCUUCAGCGCGCAGGCCUGACCCCUCCCCGACGUGGACCAGAAGAAAGAGAAACAACUGCCUGCUCUCCAGCCUCUGACAGGAACCCAGGGGCCUCAGCGCCUCCCCUACCUCAGGCCCCAGCUGGGCACACUCAGCCCACCAGGCAUGAGGCCAGGGGCUCCAGUUACCAGGUGUCAGGAGUCUAUUCCACAGGGUCCAGGAACCCACGAAGACCACCAAGAGUGAGUGCGGGAAGCAGGGCUGAGACACACAUGACACCCUCCUCCCAGGCACUAAUUUAUACUGCUACAAAGGAGCUUCCCUAAGUAUUUAAAAUAAAACCUUUCCUUACACUGGA